CGAAUGCCUAUAAUCAGCCCCAAACCUCGCCCAUCCCUUUGCAUCUCUACACUUCAAAGAGAACCAGUUCAUCAUUAAAAACUCUAUGGUUUCCACGAUUGACGUCACAUCCUGCGAACUCGUCCAGGAAAUCACGUCGUUCCUUCUUUUUCCCCUGCUCCCGACAUAGAAGUCGGGAGUACGAAGCGGACCGCUUGGUCGCUAUGGAGACAGUCGACAGCCGCCUAUCUCUGUCAGCAACGCUGGAAGCUUUCAACGCUCUUCUUCAACGGAAGGCCGGCGAGGGAGCGCGUGGCUCCGUUUGGUUCAAGGAGAGCAGCGCCCGGAACUUACGUAACCGUGACUUCCUGGCACCCCGAGCCGCUCUCAGGGUGAUGUUCGCAGAUGGACAGGUUCCCAAUGACAUGGUUGAGAGUAUGGUCUCACUAAAAUGCCCAAGGGUGCCACCCAUCCAGAGCUGCCAGAUGGCCCCAGCUGGACUUACUGUGAAGUUAGCUAGACCUGCUGUUUUUGAGCAGAUCCUGAAAGCCAUUCCUGUGUAUACAACGCCUCUCCAGGCAGCCCACGAGCACAGCAUCCUCCUCAACUGUGUGCCCCUCCAUGGCUGCAAGGACCUCGACUCUCUCAGCCUGAAUGACCUAAGAACCAUCCUAGUCACGGACCACCUGGCAGGCAUGCUGCAAGCUCAAGGAAUCAACGUGCAUCUGACCCCAACUUUGGCUGAUGAGGAAAUCCAUCAGUUUCUGCGUCAGCUACGAGUCGAGUGGCCUUUGGUACAGGAAACGUCCCCAAAUCUUGAGCAUCUCCAUGCCAUGAAGGAAGCCCUUCGUCAGUGUCCCUAUGCUGAAUCUACCCAGAUGCAUCAGGAUGGAGUUCUUUGUAAGCUGCAGUUGAAAAAGUUCCUGGAGCAAAAGCCAUUGCAAAAGGGCCUGGAGGACUACGACCCGAAACUGGAUAGCUUUCUUGUGACAGAGGAGAAACUGUGCCAAGUGGCUGAGCUGCAGCAUGUGGCCCUUCAGUGCCUGGCAGCGGCACCAGGAAGAUGCUUCAGUGUUGUGCACGUGGUGAACAGCAAGGAGGCAUUCCAGCAGCAGAAGGUGGACUUACUGUGGAGGCUGGUCUCUCCACAGGCUUUCACCCAUCUGCAGAAACACCUUGUCUGUGGACCUGUGAAAACCAUCCCUUCUGCUUCUCCUCUGAACGCUCUUCAGUACUUCCAGCUACGGCACUCCCACAUGUAUGAGGCUUCAGUGCUGAAAUAUGGAGACCUCUCUCAAGACGACACCUGGACUGAAACCAUCAGCAUAUUGACCUCAGCUUCCAUCCGAUUUGAGAUACUGGGCACGACCCAUCGGAACCAAGUUCUUCUGGACGUGAAGGAGACGAGCGUCUCUACCAAAGGAACCAAAAGCGGAGCUUUUGUGAUGUACAAUUGUGCGCGGCUUGCCACACUCUUUGAAACAUACAAGAAGGCGGCAGAGCAAGGUUUGUACCCAGCCUUCCCUCCACCUUCAGAGCUGAACUACUCGUCUCUCAGGGAAGAGGGGGAAUGGCUCUUGUUGUUCAAUGGUGUCCUGCCUUUUCAUGAGGUACUGAGCCAAGCAGUGCAGCUCCCCGUCACCAGUGGCGGACUCAGGAUCACAGCCAACACAGAGGCGAUUUGCAAGUUCCUGGUUCAACUGAGUAUGGAUUUCAGUUCCUACUAUAACCGGGUGCAUAUCCUGGGGGAAUCACGGCCCCAUUUAUUCAGCCAGAUGUUUGCACGGUUGCAGCUGAUGAGAGCAGUGAGAGAAGUGUUCCACAGUGCCUUGGCCACCCUCCGGCUGCCUCCUCUUAGCCAGAUCUGAGCCACACAAACUCACGCCCACCUGUGGCACUUCCAGAAAACUUGCCUCAGCCUUCCUGAUGGGUCACUUUAUUGUGAAGGGGAAAAGACUCCCAGUUUUACAGCACACGAUUCAUGUCUGAGACUUGGAAGAGCUUCAUCAUGGUUGAAGAGAAGGCCUUCCUUAUGGCAAAGGACCUGCCUGAGAUGCUUUGUUGUUGAAAGUUCCUAUUUACUCAUAUUAGCCAGAAUAUUGUUGCUAAUUUAUGCUUGUGUUAGGAAAGUCGCAAAAGUCUUGGCAGCAAACAGGUGUUCAUAAACAAGGUCCUGGUUGUGUUGCUGGGUGUGGGCCUGGUUGCAUGAUCAGAUGCACACCUAGGACUGCAACCAGCUCCUUUUAAACAAGCUGCAAGAUCUGCUAUCAAGAUUUACCCGAUUUUCUUUAUGUGAGCAUUAACUGGUAAUAAGAUUCGAGACAGUGUUAAGGGAGGCGAUCGAUUAAGCCAAAAGAAGGUGCAGCCGCUGGACACAAAUGGUUCAGUCCUUGCUUUUAUUUUGUUCUGAAAUGGUGGAGCCCAUCCAGGCCAUGUCCCUGUCUUUUUACACAUAAUUUCUUUGGCACGGGCUGCAGAAAGCAAAAGUUUGUAAAUAGACUUUUAAAAGUAUACGUAGUUGUCAGUACCUGUUGUAAAAACCUGUCUGAACAUCCCACAGUGCUAGAGAAUCAAGAUUAAAUUUGCUGCCUGUGAGUUUGUAAAUAAACUAAAAUACACAGUU